ACAGUUUAAAAAAAAAACUUAAAAGAUGAAAUCUCUCUGUUUCUUGUGUCUCCUGUUGGUACUUUAUGGGAUGGCUGUAAGUCUGGUAAUAGAAUACAGUUUCGUUGCUCAGUCGAUGGACUGGACUACAGCUCAGAACUAUUGCAGGCAGCACUAUGGGGAUUUGGCUAUCAUCACUACUGAAGAGGAAAACCAGAGAGCUGUGAAGGUUAUAGGGCAAAAUUCUGUGUAUGCUUGGAUUGGGCUGUACAGAAUUGCACCACAUGUCAACGCCUGGAAGUGGUCUAAUGGAAAAGAAGUAAAUUUCACAAAGUGGAACCACGGCGAGCCUGAUGAUCAGGGUUCAGGAGAGGAUUGUGCUGUUAUGAAUUCUAAUGGCUGGUAUGAUAUUAGUUGUGGGGGAAAUUUUGCUUCCAUUUGUCGUAGGAGCUUCGUGUUGGUGAAGGAGAAAAAAACAUGGGAUGAGGCUCUCAAGUACUGCAGGACGCACUACACUGACUUGACCUCUGUGGAUUCGGGAACACUGCUAGACAUGCUUAAAACAGAGACUCAACAAGCUCAAACAGCCAGUGUGUGGACAGGUCUGCGUUUCCUCGAUGGACAGUGGUUCUGGGUGAACGGGGUGCCGCUGGGGAGCCUGGUAUCACUGCCUUCAUGCCCAGUCCAACCCUAUCACUGUGGUGCGUACAACUUCAACACGAAAGUCUGGGAGAACAGAGACUGCAACGAGAAGCUUCAUUUCCUCUGCUAAUAUUACUGAAGGUGAGCAAUAAACAUCCAGAACAUUAACCAGGAUCGUGUACGUUUUAAUAUUAAUGUCAUAAAGCAUGAUAGUUGCUAGAACUUUCAGUCCAGCACUAAAGACUUAACUGUAGAAGUGUGUAUCACGUUCACUUUGUCCUUCACUCACUCCUUCAACCUGAAUAUAUCAAAAACUGUACAUGUUUCUCUUCCUAAACAGACGACUCUCUGCAACUGGAAUGAGAAGAACGUCUCCCUCAAGAAGCGUUCUUCAAGAAUUCAUUCAGAUCUAGAUAUUAUGUAGUAUGUUUA